AAUGUUUCUCUUUCUAUUUAGAAAUUCUACAUAAUUUUCAGUUUAAAAAAUGCAGCCUUGUUCCUGUGACACUUUUGUGGCAUUACCUCCAGCAACAGUUGGAAACAGAAUUAUUUUUGGGAAGAAUUCAGAUAGACUCUGUGAUGAAGUGCAAGAAGUAGUUUAUUUUCCUGCUGCAAUUCAUAGCCUUGGAGAACGUGUAAAGUGUACUUACAUAGAGAUUGAUCAAGCCCCUGCAACGUAUGCUGUGGUACUUAGUCGCCCAGCUUGGUUGUGGGGGGCGGAAAUGGGAGCCAAUGAACAUGGAGUUUGCAUUGGGAAUGAAGCUGUGUGGGGAAGAGAACCAGUUUGUGAUGAAGAAGCACUCCUGGGCAUGGACCUCGUGAGACUUGGCCUUGAGAGAGCUGAUACAGCUGAAAAAGCCCUCAAUGUUAUUGUUGAUUUAUUAGAAAAACAUGGCCAGGGUGGCAACUGCACAGAGGGUGUGAUGGAAUUCAGCUAUCACAACAGUUUCCUGAUAGCUGAUAGGACUGAAGCUUGGAUUCUAGAGACUGCAGGGAGGCGCUGGGCAGCAGAGAAAGUGCAAGAGGGAGUUCGUAAUAUUUCUAAUCAGCUCUCUAUAACAACCAAGAUUGAUCAGGAACACCCGGACAUGAAAAACUAUGCUAAGCAGCAAGGCUGGUGGGAUGGCAAGAAAGAGUUUGAUUUUGCUGCCACAUACUCUUAUCUCGAUACAGCCAAGAUGAAUGCUUCGUCAGGCAGAUACUGUGAAGGCUACAAGCUGCUGAAUAAACACAAAGGAAACAUAAAUUUUGAAACAAUGAUGGAGAUUCUUCGAGAUAAACCAAGUGGCAUUAAUAUGGAGGGUGGAUUCAUGACAACUGCAAGCAUGGUUUCUGUUUUACCUCAAGACCCCAGCCUGCCCUGUGUUCACUUCUUUACAGGAACUCCCGAUCCUGACCGAUCUGUUUUUAAGCCUUUCAUAUUUGUGCCACAUAUUUCACAACUGUUGGAUACCAGUUCACCCACAUUUGAAGUUGAAGACCCAGUAAAAAAGAAACCACACCUUAAGCCUGACAGAAGACACCCACUCUACCAAAAACAUCAACAGGCAUUGGAAAUAUUAGAUAAUAAUAAGGAAAAAGCUAAAACUUUGUUGGACAACAUGAGGAAACUGGAGAAAGAACUAUUUGAAGAGAUGGAAUCAAUGCUUCAAAACAAGCAUUUUGAUGUGGAUAAGAUUGUUAAUCUCUUUUCUCAAAGUACAAAAGAUGAAAUUAGAAUUUAUAACUCAAAUAUCAGUUCGUAGAUACUCUUACCUUACAAAUGAUAUAACCUAUAGUUGGAAAGAUCUAAUUUUCUUUAAUAGCAUUUAAAUAAUGUCUUG